GGAGGCGGGGCUUAGCUCCUCUCCACAGAGCACACAAGUCCACUUCUCACCGGGACACACAUUUGGACAGAGCAGCCUCCUCAGGCCUCGGCGAUGCCCAUCCCUGAAUGCUGGUCCCACCCUCCUGCUCCUGGCCUGCUGCUGACCCUGCUGCUGGGACUCACCGGAGCGGCAGGUGAGGAGGGGCUGCAGGUGCUUCAGCCUGAGAGGUCCGUGUCUGUCGCAGCUGGAGAGACGGCCACUCUGCCCUGCACUGCGACCUCCCUGAUCCCCAUUGGGCCCUUCAAGUGGUUCAAGGGGACAGGACCAGCCCGGGAGUUAAUCUACGAUUACAAAGGAGAUCGGAGCCACUUCCCCCGAGUAACAAAUGCUUCAGAUACCACAAGGAGAGACAACAAGGACUUUUCCAUCCGCAUCCGGAACAUCACCCCCGCAGACGCCGGGACCUACUACUGUGUGAAGUUCCGGAGAGAGAGCCCUGUGGACGUGGAGUUUAGGUCUGGGCCGGGCACUCAGCUCACUGUGAGUGCCAAGCCCUCUCGGCCCGUGGUCUCAGGCCCUGCGGCGAGGGCCACACCUGAGCAGACAGUGCGCUUCACCUGCAAAUCCCACGGCUUCUCCCCCAGAAACAUCUCCCUGAAAUGGUUCAAAAAUGGCAAUGAGCUCCCAGCCUCCCAGACCAGCGUGGAGCCCGAGGAAAACGUUUCCUACAGCAUCUCCAGCACCACCGAGGUGCUGCUGGCUCCGGGGGAUGUGCGCUCCCAGGUCAUCUGCGAGGUGGCCCACGUCACCCUGCAAGGGGGCCCUCCUCUCCGUGGAACUGCCCACUUGUCUGAGACCAUCCGAGUUCCGCCCACCCUGGAGGUUACCCAACAGCCCCCGACGGGGAACCAGGUGAAUGUCACCUGCCUGGUGAAGAAGUUCUACCCCCAGCGCCUACAGCUGACCUGGCUGGAGAACGGAACCGUGUCCCGGACAGAAACGGCCUCGACCCUCAUGGAGAACAAGGAUGGGACCUUCACCCGGACCAGCUGGCUCCUGGUGAACUCAUCUGCCCACAGGGAGGCCCUGCUGCUCACCUGCCAGGUGGAGCAUGACGGGCAGCCGGCGGUCACCAGAAACUAUACCCUGGAGGCUUAUGUCCACCAGAAGGAACAAGACACAGGUGGAAAUCAUGGCCAAAAUAUAUCUUCUCCUCUCCUGGUAGUUCUCUUCCUAGUCCCCAAGUUCCUGCUGGUGGGUGGUGUCUCUGCCAUCUUUGUCUACAUGAAGUUUUGGACCUGAUGCUCCUUCCUCACGCCCUUGCUGGUGUCUUCUCCCACUGAGAGGCCCAGCCUAGGAGAAAGACCCAGCUAGGAGACCUGCCUGCCCACAUGCUCCUGAGACCUCUGGAGCUGGGUCAUCUUACAUCAUCCUGAGCAGGGAUCAUGGGAGGUAGCUCUGGGAACUGACUCACUACGUCUCUCUGGAAUGUGAGGAAUAAGUCAGAUCAACAGAGAUCAAUAUCUUUCCUCCAUGACCUUGGACAUGGCCAUGAACUACACACUCAUGCCCCUGCUCAGAGGGGUUUUUCUGUCUUGUGUGUUCCUGCCUUCAUCCGACACCCCACCCUUUGAGGUUCUCUUUUAAUUGAGUACACAUGAUCCCCCUUCCUAGUUUUGAGGAAAAAAAUGUAUUCUCCUUCUUUUUUGCCCAAAUGUCCUACCCCUCAAACCCAGAAACUGUUGUUCCAUCUUCUCUUUGCUAUGGAAACACCAGUUCUUCUAUCAUCUUGCAUCCUCCCCAAACCCUGUUGCUCAUGGUAAAUAUACUGUGUUUGGAAGCCUUGGAA